CGAAGUUUCUGGGUAGGACAAGGGAGGGGAAUCCCCAUACGAAGAAAAGCAGUAAGGCAGCCGGGCUUGCCAAGCCGAGUCCGCCUCUAAGCCAUCCGACGACUGCUGCCCGACGAUUGUCGCUGAUAAUGGAGACCAGUGCCAGUGGCGGGUCGCCGAAGGAGGAAGGGGAGCUGGAAGACGGCGAGAUUUGCGACGAUGACGCCGACGAAAAGCAGCUUCUGCGCCGGGAUACGAGGCCUAGUGUCGGCGUGCUUAGUUCUGUCGGCUCGGCGCGGUGUAACCGAAAAAGCAAAGCCCAGACUCGGGCAAUACCCGCCGCCAUGGGGGCACCCGGGGCGGAUUUCCGUGCCAAGGGGCCGUUUAAUCGCGGCUCACACCCGCACCCGUCCUUCCUACCCCCUCACAGACUGCUGGGCGGACCGAGCGGGCCGGACCGACCGCUCCCGGGGCAGCACGGCGACCCCUGCCCUCGGUCUUCAUUCUGGGAGCGGAGCCACACGGCUCUGGGCCGACUGAGGUACCGGGGGAAGCCGAAUCAGCCCCGCGGGGACUGGAACCGGGGAGCCUGGGGAGAUGGUGGGGGAGGGAGGGAGAACGCGAGGCCUCCCCCGGGCCGCUUCGAGUUUGGUGAGAACUACAACAACAGGAAGGAGUCCCCGCUGAGAAAGCAAAAGGUAUUCGGGAGGACUCAGGCCCGAAAGCCAGCAUAUAAUGUUGCCAAAGCCGAAAAUGGUGUUGAUGAGAGCUUUGAGGAUUUGCUCAUGAAGUACAAGCAGAUCCAACUGGAGUUGGAGUGCAUUAGGAAUGAGGAGAAGAUGGCACUGAAGCCUAAGGAGGAAUCUUCUUCAAAAGAAGAGCAGGCCGCCGUAAGUGUUAAUGUUGUACCAGGGUCGAAGGAGGACAGUAUUAAAACAGAAGCUGCUGCAGCCACUGAAGAAUCAGUGUGUCCAGAAAGGGUGAAGAAGGUUUUUCAGGCUUUUAAUCUCAGGCCUUUGAGGCAGAAGCUGCCAACUCCUGCAGAGCGUGAUAAGAUGAACAAGAAAACCACCAAAGAACCGGAGAAAGCCGGUUUGGAGGGGGCCAGUCCCACUGAACCCAGCGAGACGAAAGACAAAGAGGAAGAUGAGGAAAAGGAGGAAGCUGAUAUCAUCUUAUCGAAUAUAUCUUCUGUGAGUGACAAGGAUCGUGCUGGUGUUCCUGUGAAGCCACGGGACGAGGACGACGAGCUCUCAGAGCUGCAGCUGCGGCUGCUGGCCUUGCAGUCCGCCAGCAAGAAGUGGCAGCAGAAGGAGCAGCAGGUUAUGAAGGAGAGCAAGGAGAAGAUCAUCAAGGCCAAGCCGGCCCAGGAGAGAGGCAAGGCGGCGGCCAAGGCUCACCAGGGCAAGAAGAACGUUAGCCCGGGUUCGGCAGCCAAGCAGGCGUGGCGCAAGCAGCAGCUGCGCACCUGGAAACUGCAGCACCAGAAGGAGCAGCAGGAGGAGGAGGAGCGACGCAAGCGGGAAGACGAGAUCCGCAAGAUCCGCGACCUCUCCAACCAGGACGAGCAGUACAACCGCUUCAUGAAGCUGGUGGGGGGCCAGCGGCGGCCGCGCGGAAAGUCCUUAGAUCCCGAACACAGGAAGUCUCUGGGCAAACAGGGCUUGGAUAUCUCCGGAAACCUCUACCAGUAUGACAACUACGAUGAGGUGGCCAUGGAAACGGACAGCGAGACCAGCUCACCAGCUGCUUCUCCCACACGCGAGCCCUUUCUGGGUGAGGGCCCCCCGUUCCUGCAUCAGAUACCGGCGUUUCCUGUGGAUUCUCCACCCCACAGCACGGCUCUGCAAGAUGUCGACCAUCGUUACUUGGACCCCUUUGCCCUGGCAUCAAUGGCGCCCCCCCCGCCCCUGCCCCCGUUGCCUCCAGAUGAACCUGAGCAGCCCCCCAAACCCCCUUUUGCUGAUGAAGAGGAGGAGGAAGAGAUGAUGCUGCGGGAGGAGCUGCUCAAGUCCCUGGCCAACAAGCGUGCUGUCAAAUCUGAGGAGACGUCCAGCAAUAGCGACCCUCCAUCCCCCCUGGUGGGCCCCGUCUUCCACGCGGCGCCCAAGAGCGGCCUAGCCGAGUCUCAGUCGCGGGGCCAGAGUGUGAAGUUCACCCGCGGGCACUCUCGCCGUCUCCUGGUGCUGCCCCGACACAAGGCCGUGGUGGUGCAGCUCAAUGCCUCCGAUGACAGCGACUCGGAGGGGGAGACCCCCAGCGCCGCCCCCGACUCCACCCGCAUCGUCUUCGGAGGCCUGGAGUCUAUGAUCAAGGAGGCCAGGAGGACGGCAGAGGCUGCAAAGCCCAAGAUGACGUCGGGUUCUGAGAAGGAGAAUAACCCCAUGAGGACCCCAGAUGCCUUGCCGGAGGCCAAGAAGAUGGAGUAUCGCCAGCUUAAGGAGGAAAUCGCCAGCAGGGAGAAGCAAAGGGUUCUGAAAUUGGACCCCAGCAGGGGCGUCUCGUCGCCUGCUAGCGUGAACCCUGAGCCGGACCCAAAAGCGUGGGCAGUGGCUGCCGCGUUCCAGGUCACCGAGGCGCAGAACCGGGUGACCAAACACAAGAACCUGCUGCUGAAAGACGAGGCGCUCCUCAAGCACCUUCUCCAGCAGGAACUGAAGAAGAAGGAGUUCCUCAAGGUGGCCGAGGCCAAGGUGGCCAAGCUGAAGGAACAGCUUCUGGCGUCGGAAAAGAUCGUCAGUGCCAACACCGUCCUCCUGAAGAAGCUGCAAGAGCAGAUCCACCGAGUGCAGCACCGGGUAUCUGUGAAGAAACACCUGGCCCAGAAGCUGGAGAGGGACCUGGUGCAGGCACGGGCGGCUGCAGGGCGACUGGGGGCCAAGCGCAAGAGCGACAUGUCCUUCCUCAGUCCCAGCAAGCUGUUCUGCCUCGAUGGUCCUGCCCGCAGUUCAGAGCAGCAGUUUGCUGAGCUCAUCGCCCAGAAGCAACGUCUGCAGCAGCUGGAGUCAGAGUACGCCCUGAAGAUCAAGAUGCUGAAGGACGCUCAGGCCCUGCGCAACCGGGAGGUGCAGGCUGAGCUGUCCCCAGCGCUGGCUCCGCCCCAGUCCCCACCCCCUAGUGCCUAUCCCUUGCCCCAGCCCUCUCUGCAUGACCUUACCCAGGACAAACUUGUACUGACAAAUGAGGAGCCGGAAGCAGAAGACGAGAUGACGUCUCCUUGUCCCCCGGGCGGGCGCCGCCGCUCCUUCCGCGAGUCGGGCUCCUUCACUAAACCCAAGCUACAGGCCACGCCUGUUAAGGCUACGCCCAGCAAGACCACUGACCCCAGCAAGAAGGGCCUUGCCCAGCCUGAGCUCUUUCUGGGGCUCGAUGUGGGAGACCUGCAGAAGAGAUACCGGCAGUCCACCUGUCUGGCGGAGUUGAUGGAGAUGGGGCCAUCCCUCGCCGCCGGGUCCCUGGGCACGCCGACCUCCAGGAAGCAGUUCCCUGCAGAUCUGGAUCUGGCAGUCCAACAAGCCGGCCGCCCUGAGCUGAAGCCGGCACCGUUUGGACCGUAUCACAGUCCCUUGUUGGCCUUCAAGUCAUACAGGUUCAGCCCGUAUUUUCGCACAAAGGAGAAGCUGUCUCUCAGCUCCCUGUCGUACAGCAACGCCAUCGAGCCCCGAAAAUGCUUCUGCCGCUUUGAUCUGACCGGCACAUGCAACGACGACAGCUGCCCCUGGCAGCACAUGAGGGACUGCUCCUUGAAGGGAAACCAGCUUUUCCAGGACAUCCUGUCCUACAGCCUGCCUCUGAUUGGCUGUUCUGAGAACACCACCAAUGAAGAGAUCAGCAUUGCCACAGAAAAAUACAUCAGCAAGCUCUUUGGCCCAAACAAGGACCGCAUGGGGAUGGACCAGAAGGCCGUGCUGCUUGUCAGUAAGGUGAACGAGAGCAGGGGACACGUGCCCCCAUUCACCACCUACAAAGACGGGCGGAAGUGGAGACCCCAGCCGCGCUCUGUCCCGGUUGUGGAGAGCGGAAGGGACAGCACGGACGAGGAGGCGGGGCCUGUCAAAUACGAGAGCAGCAGCGAGGCCUGCUGGACCGGGGUCUCCGUCAUGGACGCUUGCAUCACUCAGGACGACGACCGCUACUUCACGGGCGAGACGGACGACAUCUCGAACCUCGAGACCAGCGUGCUGGAGAGUCCCAAAGAUGUACAGCUGUGGAUCAAGCUAGCCUACAAAUACCUCACUCAGAAGGAGAGCUCGGCGUCGGAGUGCCUGGAUGCCGCCCUGAAUACUCUGUCACGGGCCCUGGAGGAUAACAGGCACCACCCAGAGGUGUGGUGCCACUACCUGACACUCUUCUCCAGGCGGGCGAGGCGGGAGGAGGUGCAGGAGAUGUGCGAGAUGGCCGUGGAGUACGCCCCGGACUACCAGGUCUGGUGGAAGUAUCUGAACAUUGAGAGCUCCUUUGACUGCAAGGACUACGUGUGCGGACGCAUGCUGCAGUACCUGUGGGAGGCAGCGGAGGGCACCACCUCCGAGCGUCUGUCCUUCCAGUUGCUGGAGUCGCUGCUGUACAGGGUUCAGCUGAGCCUAUUCUGUGGACGCCGGCAGAAUGCCCAGGCCAUCCUACAGGACGCUCUGAAGCCCCCAGGCAAAGCCCUAAGCCUGGCCCAGCGGCUGAGCCCCGCCGACCGCUCCUUAGCCUGGCUCUGCUACAUCCACCUCAGCGAGUUCGGCAGCCUGCCGGCCAGCCUGUUCGAUCCCGCCGAAGCCAGUCCCUCCCGGGUCGUGUGCAAGGAGGCCCCUGUCCUGCCCUGGCGCUCGGCGCAGGACCUCAGCUUGGCUCCCGAUGUCCUCGUUGCCCUCUUUGAAGAUGCUGUCUGUCACUGCACAGAUGAGUCACUGUCACCCAGUGACCGGGUUCUGGCCUGCCUCCCUCUCUACACCAAUCUGAUUGCCCUCAACCAGCUGCUGGGAAAGUUGGAGUCCGCUGUGGCACUGUGUGAGUCGCUGCUGGAGUCAUGUCCUCAGUGCUGCCCCCUGCUGGAGGCUCUUGCGGGGCUCCACUUGAAGUCAUCACAUGGGGACCAGGCCGUCAGCGCAUGGCUGAGCACCUGGUCUCGGAAUCCUCACAAUGCCGAGAUCUUCUAUCGCGCCUGCAGUUUCCUCAUUUCUCAGGAGAAGUCGUCCGCCACAGCGCCGCUAUUCGAGAAAUUUGUUGUGUCUAUCUGCGAGGACACGGCAGGCGAGCGGCUUCCCGUAAAUGUGCUGUGCUACAUUCUUGGUAUCCCAGUCCAGGACACACUCAGAGCCCCUCGCAUCAAAAGUCACCUGCAGGACCAGCUCGUCAACCAGACGCCUUACUUGUAUCUCAUCUACUGCCUUUGGCAGUCCAUGCACGGUGGCGUCGGGGAAGCAGUGGAUGCCUUUGAGAGGGCACUGGGCACUGUCAUGCAAGAAGACGCAGUGCAGCAACUGUGGUUGGAUUAUCUCCUCUUUACCAGUAGUAAGUUCCUUGGGCCUCAGUGCAAGAGCACAGACCUGAAGAUAUUCAGGGAUCUGGUGCACCGUUGCCUGGCAACAGUCCCCACUAGAACGACUGUGCCCUUCAGCUCAACUCACUACUGGAGCAACUACAGAUUCCACAACAAGGUGAUCUCCUUCUACCUGGACUGCCUCCCCCAGUCUCAGCAUUCCUAUGUCCUGGAGAAUCUCCGCUAUCUCAUGCCCAGCAACACUGAUCUGGUCCUCAGGUUCCUGCAGCGUGAGUGGCAGGACGGCAACAUCCAGCACCUCAAGGUCCAGACGCGGAUGUUGUGCAGCUCCCUCCCCAGCUGCCUUGCUACCUGGAAGAUAGCUAUCGCGGUGCAGACGGAGCUCAGAGGACAGGUGGAGGUGCGCCGUCUUUUCCGUCAAGCGCUUCAGAAGCUGCCUCUGUGUGCCGCUCUCUGGAAAGAUCGCCUGCUGUACGAAGCCGCAGAAGGAGGUAAAACUGAUAAGCUGAGAAAGGUCAUUGACGCGUGCCAAGAGGUGGGAGUGAGUCUAGACGAGGUCUUAAAUUCAGGCUCAGAGAGAACGCAGGAGAAGGAACACAGAACCACCGGUACAGUUUAAUUUGUCCCUCUAUCGGCCAAAAAAAAGGGAUUUAAUUCUCUCAAAAUAGACGUAAAUAAUUAUGAGCCUAAAUUAGCUCGAGAGGCAGACUUGGCAAGUUGUCAGACCUCCCAGACUUAGUGUUCUCUCCAGCUGAGAGCACAUUGAAAUCGGAUGGCAUCUUGGAAGACAAAUGGACUCCUGGUUGUCCGAUAUCUGGGCCGCUUUUAUCCUCUUACAUCAUGUACGUAAGUAUGGCUCUGCUAAAUGACAGAUGUCUUGCUUUCCUUAUUUUAAUUUUGUUUUGUUUUUUUCCGUAUUGUCCUUUAUUUUCCAUUUUACUUGAGGUUCAAGUCGAAUGCCUGUGACAUCUUUCUGUGAUGUUGACAUUAACUUGUUUUUAGGACGGUCCCACAUAGUGAUAAUUUGUCUUAAUUUUCCUUGUUUUUGUGAGGGAAAUUUAAAAAUUCUUAAUUUAAGCUUUUUUUUGGAAAAUACGCCAAAAAAAGUGGAAAAAGAAUUGGCAUGUGGAAUGGUCGCCAAGAGGGAAAAGUAUUUUUUUGGGGUCCCCAGUGACCCGUGUGCUAGUGAGACUGAUGUAGAGACUGCCGAACGUGCAACAUUAUCUGCCACGGGCCGAAAAUGGGGCGAGAGGUCUUCCAGGUUCCCUCAGUCCAUCAGUGCUCAAGAAUGGGUCCACGAAGAACUCUGUUGACAUGCAAUUUCAACUCUGUCAAACGCUGAUUAAAGAGAAUAUCCAAGUGAUUAUAAGUGAUAAAUCGUUCAGUUUUUUGUAUUUAAAUAUGAAUGUGUUUCCAUUAAAUUAUUUUCAAAAUAA